AUGGAUUUAGAUUAUAACGGAGGCAACAGCACCAACACAAACAAGCGAGUUUUCAAUCGAUUAGGAGGCGGUCAAUCGGCUAACGAUACGUCGAAUCAAUACCGUCACCAGCCGAAUCAGAAGGUCUGUUACCAUUGGAGAGCUGGAAGGUGCAAUAGAUUCCCAUGUCCGUUUCUCCACCGUGAACUUCCAGCACCGCCAACGCAUGCAGUCGUGAACGGAGGAGGAGGAGGAGCGAAAAGAGGUUUUGCUGGGAAUGAUUCGUCGUCGUUUUCUGGGAGAAGGGGUAAUAAUAGUAAUUAUAGUAAUAGUUGGGGCCGAUUUGGGAAUAAGGGUGAUGUGAGAGGGGCAAAAGCGGGAAGUGUGGUGAAAGUGUGUAAUCAUUGGGUACAAGGGAAUUGUAGUUUUGGUGACAAGUGUAGGUAUUUGCAUUCGUGGAGUUUAGGUGAUGGGAUUUCUUUGUUGACUCAACUUGAAGGGCAUCAAAAGGUGAUUAGUGGGAUUGCAUUGCCAUCUGGGUCUGAUAAGCUUUAUACAGGGAGUAAAGAUGAGACUGUUAGAGUUUGGGAUUGCCAGUCUGGACAGUGUAUGGGUGUGAUAAAUCUUGGUGGUGAGGUUGGUUGCAUGAUUAGUGAAGGUCCUUGGAUUUUUGUUGGUACUCCAAAUGUGGUCAAGGCAUGGAAUACACAAACUAACACUGACCUGAGUCUUACUGGACCUGUGGGACAAGUUUAUGCUUUGGUCGUGGGUAAUGAUUUGUUAUUUGCUGGUACACAGGAUGGGUCAAUAUUGGUAUGGAAAUUCAAUGCAGCUACCAACAACUUUGAACCAGCUGUGUCAUUAAAGGAUCACAAAAUGGCAGUUGUUUCAUUAGUUGUUGGAGCUAAUAGACUCUACUCUGGUUCUAUGGAUCAUUCUAUAAAAGUCUGGAGCCUUGAAACUUUGCAAUGUAUACAAACACUGAGAGAUCAUACUUCAGUGGUCAUGUCGCUACUUUGCUGGGAGCAGUUUCUUUUAUCAUGUUCAUUGGAUCAAACAAUAAAGGUGUGGGCUGCUACAGAAAGUGGAAAAUUAGAAGUCACAUACAGUCACAGUGAAGAACAUGGUCUGCUUACUCUUUGUGGGAUGCAUGAUUUGGAAGGCAAGCCAAUCUUGCUAUGCUCUAGCAACGACUCAACAGUCCGCCUCUUUGAUUUGCCAUCGUUUUCAGAGAAGGGCAAAAUUUUUGCCAAACAAGAGAUCCGUGCCAUUCAAACAGGUCCUGGGGGCCUAUUUUUCACUGGCGAUGGCACUGGUCAAGUGAGAGUGUGGAAUUCUGUUGCUGUACCAACUGCCACAACUUGA